AUGGCUGAUUUUUGUAGACUAGACCAAGCGAGCUAUAUCAGUCGUUUCCUUAUGCUCUGGAUAUUUCCAACAAUCAGAAAGCUCUCCAAAACUGACUGCUACUACGACAAGAACCUUGAAAUCCUGCCCAAAUCUUUGGAAACAGAAGAAAAUUUUAAAAAAUUAAAAGGCACUUGGACACUCGAAGCAUGUUCAAGAAAUCCCAGUUUUAUCCGUGCCCUUUUCAAAGCUUUUGGGUGGAGGUUUUUCACAGGGAGCAUUCCUUUUAUACUUACUCAAUAUUUAAGUAUAACAAUAGCAAUUUUGAUAAACCUUAUUAUCGGUUACUUUGAGGAUGACUCAGAAUCCCAGUGGAAGCCGAUUUUAUAUUCUCUCCUGCUUUUAUUUGUUAGUUUACUUUAUUUUAUUCAGAAUGAAAGAGGAUAUUUCGAUUUCAUGCUCGUUGGAGUCUCGAUAGAGUCCUCUAUAUAUGGUUUAGCCUACGAAAAAGUAUUAAAUAUGCCAUAUAAAUCUUUAAGUCAGCCUGAAAUUUCUGGGCAAAUUUUGAGCAUAAUAUCUACAGAUAACGAAGGAUUCAGAAUGAUAAGCUUAGCAGCUCCUGUAUGGACUGUUCCUAUCUAUCUGAUAGGAGCUGCUGUUGCUUUAUAUAUAUAUCUUGGAUGGCCUGGGCUUGUUGGAUUAUUUUUAAUCAUAUGUACAGUGCCAUUACAGAUAUUUUUAUCAAAGAAAAAUAUAGGCUUAAGGAAUAAAAUAAGCCAAUAUAUUGACUCAAGGGUGAAUUUAAUAGGAAAUAUUUUAGAUGGUAUCAGAAUAAUCAAAUUUUAUACAUGGGAAAUUUCUUUUUCGAAGAUUGUUGGAAAAUUGAGGGAGAGUGAAAUUUCAUUUUAUUUUCAAAGUGCAGUGCUAAAGCUAAUAAUUAAUGCCAUAUUAAUAAGUGGGCAAGGAUUGAUAAUAGUUGCAACUUUUUGGAUUUAUGUAGAAACAGGCGGCGUGCUAAAGCUGAGCAAUGUGUUUUGUGGCGUAAGUAUAUUGAUGACUGCCCAUUUUAGUGUUUCAGGAAUUUUUGCAAAUGGAUUAUUAUAUUUUUCUAAUUUAUUCUCAACAUCAAGAAGAAUUGGGCAAUUUUUACUUUCAUCUUCAAUCAAUUUCCAACAGCUCAGUCCUGCAGACAUAACAGGAGAACUUGAAUUAAUUGACGUCAUCGCCUCUUGAAAUAAAGUCCAACUAGAAGAAAAAGAAUUAACGACAUCUGGCUCCUUACUGACUUGUCCAGAAACCCCUGCAAUAGUACUAAGAGGCAUCUCUUUUAAGGUCGCUAAAGGUGAGUUAUGUGCCUUAAUCGGGGCAAUUGGGUCUGGAAAAUCAACAAUAGCCAAAACAAUUUUAGAAGAAACUUCUUUAAUCAGCGGAGAAAUAAAAAUCAAAGGAUCUAUUGCCUAUUUAGAGCAGCAGCCUUGAAUUAUGUCAGGAACAAUUAAAGAAAAUAUCAUUAUGGGGGAUGGCUAUGACCAAAAUUACUAUGAAGAUGUGCUUAAGUGCUGCUGUCUAAAAGAAGAUAUCAGUGAAAUGAAGCAUGGAGAUUAUACUCAAGUAGGAGUAAAAGGCUGCAAUUUAAGUGGAGGGCAAAGGGCAAGAAUUGCAUUAGCAAGAGCGGCGUAUGCACAAAGGGAUAUUUAUUUACUUGAUGAUCCAUUUAGCUCAGUUGACUCAAAAGUGGCUGAAAUGUUGUUCAGCAACUGCGUUAAUGGCCUUUUGAAAGAAAAAACAAGAAUUUUAAUUACAAAUCAGCAAGAGUUUUUGCCAAUGUGUGAUAAAAUAAUAUUCAUUGAAGGAGGAAAAGUACAUUUUCAAGGAAAUUAUGAAGAGUUUAAGGCUCAAAUUCAAUUAAAUUAAGAGUCUUAACGACUUCAAAAUUUAUGCCUCUACACACUUUCGAUUAACGUCAACCUGCUUGAAAAUUUAUUUGCUAUUUUGAACAGUGAUCUUCUCUAGAGCAGUGAUUGCACUGUGAUCCUCCAAGAGUCUUGACAAGUUAGGAAGACGUCCUGUCAGUACUCCCUCGGGUGCUAUGUUGGUAAAGGUUACCCGCUACCUCCUUUCAGCCACCUUUAGGAGAGGUGACGCCUGGGAAAAAAGAACCACGGCCAUUUCAGUUUAAUAUUAGUUAUCAGAUGAUGCUUUUUAGGCCAAGGUUCUUUCCCUGCCGGAUCCUGAGGGCCAGUAGCUUACUCCCAAAGUUUACCCACCCCAUACUCCGUUCUAGGCAGCUGAGAGUUAAGAUUAAAGGGUCUGAACCUUUGUUUAGGCUAUAAAGCCAUUUUGGCUUCCAAAAUGGUGCGUCAUCACUAAGGACAUAUUUUGUCGCCAACACAUAUUAAUUAUUAAGGCUCAAGGAUUUUCCUAUAUAAAGAAUAACGCUGAAAAAGAAGAAAUUAAAGAAAUUAACCAUGAAGAAAAUGAUAAAAAUGAGCCCAGCUCAACAGAAAAUGCUCCAGUUCAAGAUUCUUGUGACGACGAAGUACACAAAGCUUCAGUAAAAUUCAAAGUUUAUUACAUGUUUUUGAAAUUCGGAUUUAAAUCAAUAAUUGUGAUGCUUUUAUUUGCAUUAAUGUGUAUAGCGACACAGUCUCUUUAUAUAGGUAUGUCAUACUGAAACGCUUAUUGAAGCUCCAGAAAUAGCUCAGAACAAAAAAACUGGCUAUAUCCAGUCGUUUUGGCAAUAAUUUCAUUAACUGUACUUGUUACUACUUAUAUCAGAAACUUGUGCAUGCUUAAAGCGUUUUAUAUAUCAGCGAGGCAAAUCCAUAACAAUUCUUUUUCAAGGACAGUUCUUGCCCAUUCAAAGUUUUUAGACAAAAAUUCUGAAGGAAAACUUCUCAACGUGUUUUCACGAGACACAUAUUCAAUGGACAAUAAUUUGAUCACAAAUUUUACAGACUCAAUCAUGUAUGUCCUUAUCAUUUUUUCCUAUUUCAUAGCAAUCAUAAUCGUUCUCCCUUAUGACGCCAUAAUUAUUUUUGCAUAUGGAAUUUAUGUAUAUUAUCUUCACCGUCUAAUAGCCCAUAAAAUACGAAUUCUUAAGCGAAAAGACCUUACCAGCCGCAACCCUGUUUAUGGGCUUUUUUCUGAAACCAUUGAAGGAAUAGAAGCUAUAAGAUGCUAUGGGAUGAAGAACAUUUUUAAAGAAAAACUGACCGAAAAAGCGUCAAUUGCUGCACGAAUUUCGUUUAAUUUUAUCACUUGUUUAAGAUUCUACAAUUUAGCAUGCUCUUUGGGCAUAAGUUUUGCACUGGGUAUGAGCUCAUUAAUGAUAGUACUUAUUUUAUCUAAAGACGAUGCCACUUUAGCGAGUAUGAGGGUGAGGUUAAAUAAAACACACUAAAAUUUUCACCCCAUUUUCUUAUAAAAAGUUCAAAAGGCUCUUUUAUAUCAAAAAAUUGUAAACGGUACUAUUGAUAUAAAAAAAAAUUAUAGUGACUUACACCAUCUAGAACGGGGCGUUUUUUGAUAGUGUCAACAAACAAAAAAGUCCCGUUCUAGAUAGUGUAAGUCACUAUAGAAAAAAUACAGUAAGCUUUACUUAACCUCACAUAAGUAUGAGCUUAAGCUUCACAGCAUCCAUAAUGUCUUAUGUUCCGUUACUCAUUAGAACUAUGACAGAGACUGAAAUCACUAUGACUAAUGUUGAAAGAGUUUCUAAUUUUAUUAAUGUCCAGCCAGAAGGAGACACUACAAGCGAAAAUUGGAAAAUUAGAAAAGGGUCUGUGGAGUUUGCAGGCGUUGACAUGCGAUAUGACGAUAGCUUGGAUUUUGUGCUGAAAAAUGUAAAUUUUCAAAUCGAAGGGGGCAGCAAAGUAGGAAUAGUAGGAAGAACUGGCUGUGGUAAAAGCACAAUUUUUCAAGUUUUGUUUCGAAUGUAUCCUAUUAGCUCUGGAAAUAUUUUUAUCGAUGGCCAAGAUAUCUACACAAUCGGUCUGCAUAACCUCAGGAAGCAAAUGUCAAUAAUUCUGGGCGAAGGCCCAAUGAUCUUACAUUUUGCAUUCAUCGAAGUCAAUUUGAUCAAAAUUUAAUGGUUUUUUCUGUCUAAUAUCACUAUCAAAAAAAAUUCCAACAAUUUUCCCCUAGAAACUGUCGCACCAUCAAAGUUUACACAUUAUUUGGCAUUGAGCCAUAAUUCCUCAAGUCCCAUUCAUUUUUACCACAACUCUACGAAAUAACAUUGACGCUUUAAACCAAUACACAGACGACGACAUAAAAGAAGCACUAAAAGCAGUCAAGCUUUACGACCAUUUCCAAGCCCUCAAUGGUCUUAAUACUCACUUGUCUCCAGCAUUAUCUCUAUCUACCGGAGAAAAGCAGCUUUUAUGCUUAGCCAGAGCAAUCAUUACAAAAAAUAAAAUAUUAAUCACCGAUGAGGCCACAGCUUAUGUAGACCAAGAGUCAGAUAAAUUUAUUCAAGAAAUUAUAAGGGAAAAAUUCAAAUCGUCUACAAUUUUAGCCAUUUCUCAUAGGCUUGCAAAUUUAAAGGAUUAUGAUAAAAUAAUAGUGAUGGAUAAGGGCUCCGUUAUAAAAAUUGGGUCACCAUCAGAAAUUCUUACAAAGCAAAGCCCCACUGAUCUGCUUUUCCCAACAAACAAUAGGUUUAGUAAUCAAAAGAAAAACUCGUCAUUUAGCUUGUCAAGUCAGAUGAGCUAUAAAUCAUCUUGCAUAGCAAGAGAAUUAAGUAGGAGCAUUAGAAAAUACCAUACCAUAAGAGACGCUAUUUAA